CAAGUCUGGCCACCCCUGAGGAGCCAUCGGUGCUCCAACUUCCGUCUAAGACUUGGCCACGGUGAGGGGAGCAAAAGAGCCUGAAAUUGGAAGGCUGUCCAAGGAAUAUACAGAGGGAAGCUGUUUAGGGAACCUGAGCUGUUUAGGAGAUGGCAACCAAGCCAACAGAGCCCGUCACGAUCCUCAGCCUUCAAAAGUUGAGCCUGGGGACGGCAGAGCCGCAGGUUAAAGAGCCAAAGACGUUCACCGUGGAAGAUGCAGUGGAGACCAUCGGCUUCGGGCGUUUCCACAUUGCUCUCUUUCUGAUCAUGGGCAGUACUGGGGUGGUUGAAGCCAUGGAGAUCAUGUUGAUAGCUGUUGUGUCUCCUGUCAUCCGCUGUGAAUGGCAACUGGAGAAUUGGCAGGUGGCAUUAGUAACCACGAUGGUGUUUUUUGGCUACAUGGUUUUCAGUAUCCUCUUUGGCCUCCUGGCUGACAGAUAUGGCCGCUGGAAGAUUCUGCUCAUCUCGUUCCUGUGGGGAGCCUAUUUCUCCUUGCUGACCUCGUUUGCUCCUUCGUACAUCUGGUUUGUCUUCCUGCGGACGAUGGUGGGCUGUGGUGUGUCCGGCCACUCACAAGGGUUAAUCAUAAAGACUGAAUUUUUGCCCACGAAAUACCGAGGCUAUAUGUUACCCUUGUCUCAGGUGUUCUGGCUUGCGGGCUCCCUGCUCAUCAUUGGCCUGGCCUCUGUGAUCAUCCCCACCAUCGGGUGGCGCUGGCUCAUUCGCGUCGCCUCCAUCCCGGGCAUCAUCCUCAUUGUGGCCUUCAAGUUUAUUCCUGAAUCUGCGCGGUUCAAUGUCUCUACUGGGAACACUCAGGCUGCCCUAGCCACUUUGGAGCGCAUUGCCAAGAUGAACCGCUCCGUCAUGCCGGAGGGGAAGCUGGUGGAGCCCGUCCUGGAAAAAAGAGGAAGAUUUGCAGACCUAUUGGAUGCUAAAUAUUUACAGACCACAUUACAGAUCUGGGUCAUAUGGCUUGGAAUCUCUUUUGCCUACUAUGGGGUUAUCCUGGCCAGUGCUGAGUUGCUGGAGCGGAACUUGGUCUGUGGUUCAAAGUCAGACUCUGAGGUGGUGGUGACUGGGGGGGACUCAGGGGAGAGCCAGAGCCCCUGCUACUGCCACAUGUUUGCACCCUCUGACUAUCGGACCAUGAUCAUCAGCACCAUUGGUGAAAUUGCUCUGAAUCCUUUAAAUAUACUGGGCAUCAAUUUCCUGGGAAGACGGCUGAGCCUUUCCAUCACCAUGGGAUGCACGGCUUUAUUCUUCCUUCUCCUCAACAUUUGCACUUCAAGUGCCGGCCUGAUUGGCUUCCUCUUCAUGCUGAGGGCUCUGGUAGCUGCAAACUUCAAUACCAUCUACAUUUACACAGCUGAGGUCUACCCCACCACAAUGCGCGCUUUGGGGAUGGGAACCAGCGGCUCCCUGUGUCGCAUUGGUGCAAUGGUGGCGCCAUUUAUAUCCCAGGUUCUUAUGAGUGCAUCAAUACUGGGGGCCCUGUGUCUCUUCUCAUCUGUCUGUGUUGUAUGCGCCAUUUCUGCAUUUACUCUCCCCAUUGAAACCAAAGGACGGGCCCUCCAGCAAAUUAAAUGAAGACCUGCAAAGCUAUGUCUACCAGAGGAGAAAAAUGAAUUCUAUCUUCAGAACUGUGGGGGAAUCUUUGAUUCUCGUGAUAAAGAUUAAAGAACGCAGCAAGCUUUCCGCCAUCAUGUAAUUACAGGCCUGCCCUAUUUUAUUGUGCUUCCAUAUAUUGCACUGUUAUAAACAGCAUGUGCUCACUUUGUCUCUGUGUUAUAUUU